ACUUUUUUUUUGGCGAGAUUGAAUACUUACCGAUUUCCACAAACAAACAUUCCAACGGACCGUAAGGUCACAUAUUACAAAGUGUACAGUAUUCCCUUUGUCACUUGAUUGUGUCAUUGUAAGUGAUUCACUGAGUUUUGAUUAACUUCUAUUAAAAUUAAUUACAUUGUUUUGGUACACAGAGCAAUAAAUAACCUCACUUUUUGAAUGUCUCCGUUUGACAGAUCAAUGCGUUGCGUUUCAUUUUUUUAGUAAAAAAAAGUGUAUAACAAAAUUAAAUGUUCAAUACUAAAUUUUUAUAAAACUUAAUAUUUAGGCUCUUUAAUUUAAAUUCUAGCUAUUUACAGUAUUUUCCUCAAUGUUUAUAUUAAAAUAACAUUGUAAUGUAUCUUGAUCGAUCAUGGAUUCGGAACGUUCUAGAAAUUUGACAUAUUCUGAGUGAAACGAAACACACAGGUGACGUUCAGAAACUUGCUUGUUUGUUAUUUUUUUUCUUUCUAAAGUUUAAUUAUUUAAUUAAAUUUAAAUGAGAGAAGCAGUAUUGUGAGUUCCCAUAUCGAAAUUAUUCAAUAAGAGGCUAGUUAACACAAGUGGCAUUUAUUGAAAGUAAAGAAAAAAAUUAUACAAAACUGCUAGAUAUUGUGAUUUGUUGGAGUGACAAGUUUUCGAACGAACAUCUGAGUCACGGGUGAUGACCGGCGCUUUUUGGAGUGUCGAAGUCUUUUGCUUGGUUGGGGUGAUCGCGAACGGAAGUUCUGUUGUACGUGGUGUGAUAGUGUCCCGAAUUCCAAGAGGUCUGAACCGUGCCGUUCCCUGAUAAACGGGCAGGGCACGCAUCGCCAUCCUCUACGUUAAAAGGGAAUUUUAGAAUAAAUCCGAAAGCCCCGUGAUUUUGUGGACUCAUUGCCACGUGCUGAGUUCUGUUACUGAAGAUUUUGGUUGGACAGUGCUCGGUGGCGAGCUCUGCGCUGUGUCCUGCUUUAGCGGCUGUCGCCGGAUUUUUCCUCCGUUGAAGGUGACGAUGGUGCCUGAGAGUCGUUCCCCGACCAUGACUGGCCGAUAUGUACACUACCGAGGCCGUCCCCCACGGUCCAGGGCUACCCUACUUCAUAGGUUGGUUCCGUUUUCUAUUGAGCUUGUCAAUUAUUUUAGUUUACUUUGAAAAAGUAGAUUACCCACAUAACGAUUACAUUUUACCAAAAAGUAAAUUCCUAAAUAAAUUUACCAUUGUGAUGUAUUAUCGAUGGAUUUUGUUGUGUUAACUAUUUUUAGUUCGCUUUAUGAAGGUAAAUGAUGUGAUAAUUACAAUGAUUACAUUUUACCAAAAGGUAAAUUCCUAAAUAAGUUUACCAUUGUGAUGUAUUAUCGAUGGAUUCUGUUGUGUUAACUAUUUUUAGUCCACUUUGUGAAGAUAGAUGAUAUAAUAAUUACGAUGAUUACAUUUUACCAAAAUGUUACCUUCUAAAUAGAUUUACCAUUGUAAUGAAUUACCGUUGGAUUUUGCUGUGUUCACAUUUGCUCCAUCCUUGAGAGCGAUGGAUUGUUUUUUUUGUGUGUGUCGUAGUAAUUUAACUAAGCGAACACAAGUAAAUUAAUUUCUUUGUAUUAAUAUGCCUAUUACUACCUGUUUAAGCUGUAGGGUAUUAAUGCACCAGUGGUGCACUUACUGUAACGAUAUUUUAAUAAUAUUUUUUGUACACUAGGAGGUGUUUGGCACCGGCUGUCCCGCAGUGCCAGACGCUUGCUGCGCCCGACGGGUGCGGAGGGGGUUGAGCCGAGUGGUGGCGACUAGCGCGCUAGUAAUCUUAAGUAUUUUUAAUCAGUACCAACCAAACGGCCCAACGACCCAUCCCUUAAUUUUUCUUUUUAAAUAUUUGUGUCUAACCCACAAUUAAAUUGUUGUCAAUUUAAAUAUUUAAUUUUUUAUUUUGCUCCGGCAAAUUUUCAUAUUUACAUGGCGCCCGAACAGGGACCUUGUUGGGUCCGUGGAGAUUCUCCCCGGCACUGGUCUAUUGCUCAGUGACGGAUUGGUUGGUCACCUUAAGUUUUCUUUUCUUACUGUUAUAAUUUUAUAAUAAGUAUAACCAUACUGUAGUGUGUAACGAAUAUCACAAUAAGCCGAAUAUUGUAACUUACUUUACUUUUUGCUAAAAUUAUUAUUUUGAUAAAUCGAGAUGAAGGAGGAACGCCCUAUCCGGUUUAACAUUUUGAACAAAGACGAAUUGAUUUACGAGGUUGCCAUACGAGAUGCUGUGCCUGAGAAAACGGUAGAGCUGUUGCGCGCCCAGAUUAGACAAUUGGCUCAGGAUAUACCUAGCGAUGAGGUGAGUGAGUUCGAGGGAGAUGCGCUGGCUGAGUUGAGAACUAUUUCCUCCAAAUUAGACGAGCUUGAGGAGCUGUGUAAUAGGAAGCCCCUAUUACUCAAAAAGCUAAAUAGAGUGCAGACUUUAGGAAACCACGUCUUCCAUAGGUUAAGCCGUGUUGAAGCUAAAGAGGAGAGUGAUAGGACUUUGAGGGAACAGUUGGAGGAGCGUCUCAUCCCACUUUUAAAACGGAUCGACCGUAUGACGCACACAUUUGUUAGUAGUUAUGAUUUCCAACCUGCAGAGGAAGAUGUGUCUAGAGCCUCUAGUUCGGCCGUGGAUGAGUCAUUGAAAAACAAAUCUGUAGUGUCUUGUGAUCGUGCUUCGUAUGUUCACUCUUUAAAUCUAAAAUAUAACGGGAAGGAUAGUGUGCAGGAUUUCAUUGUUAGGAUUGAAGAAUUAUGUAAAUCUCGUAAUAUUGCGAAAGAAAGAUUAUUCAAUUCAGCGGCCGAAUUAUUCACAGAUGAGGCUCUAUUUUGGUACCGAGGUACUCGUGACCAACUAAAUAGUUGGGAGGAUUUAAAGGCGUCGUUGCUGGAAGAGUAUUUGCCCUACGACUAUGACCAUCGUUUGUUGCAGGAGAUUCGUUCGAGGACCCAAGGUCCCGACGAAUCUAUUUGUAGUUAUCUAAGCCUGAUGCAAAAUUAUUUUUCGAGGUUGCGUAAACCUUUAGACGAUGAAGAGAAGUUGAGCUUGGUCAAGUUCAACAUUAGGCCAUCUUACUCCAUUCCUUUGGUCAACGUAGAAAUAAAAUCGUGGGCCGACUUAAAGAGGCAUUGUAGGCAGUUAGAAGCGGCGAAACAGAGGGCAGAAUCCUUCACCGAACCCCCGCGCGGUGUACAGAAUGCUGUCGCCCCUGACCUGGCCUACAAAGGUAAGUCUGCUCGUCCAAGGUGCGAGGCUGUGGUUAAAAAUCCGAGCGUUGAGAAAUUUUGUGUGCGUUGCUGCGUACAUGACCAUACUCUCCUCGAUUGUAAUGCUCCUCGUGUAAUUAUUUGCUACCGAUGUGGUGAGAAGGGCGUGACGGCGGUAAAUUGUCCGAAAUGUGGGCGUAAGAAGGAUUCUACACCAGAGUCAAAAAACGCGUAAAGUCGAACCGUCGUUUCGAUAUUACACCGGUUGAAGAGUGGCGUGCUUGGUGUGAUUACGUGCGUGUAUUUUCAAAAAAUUACAAAGCUAAUGUCUCGAUGGUUCGACCAAAUGAUUGCCAGGACGCGCGUCCUUAUUUAAAUGUUAAAAUUGGUGGUGUUCCAUAUUCUGGGUUACUAGAUUCUGGGGCAGAAAUUUCUAUUAUCGGUGGUUCUGCUGUGAAUUAUUUUUCUCACCUGGGUGAGUUGUAUAAAUCGGAUUCGACUGAUGCUGUGGUAACGGCGAAUGGUUCAACUUCCCCUACAGUUGGAUAUAUGUUUUUACCUGUCGUAGUGAAUGA